UCUGGCCUGCUGCCUGCUCCAGGGCGAGCCCCUCCACAGGUUGCUGGCCUAAAAGUGCUCUCAGGUGACCUGCUGGACCUCCACAUCUGCUUGGCAGCCUCCUAGCACCGCAGAUCUCCCCCGCAGUGAUGUUUCCGAGAUGGCAUUACAAUUCCUGCAAAAACUGAAAGUGAAAUGAGGCAGACGAUUGAGCAACCAAAGAAGGGAAAUCGCCAACAGUGACCCGGGGGCAGAGCAGGGCAGAGAUGCCCAGGGGUAGAAAGAGGAAAGGCCGGAGCGCGCUCCUGCCCCCGGGGGGCCGAGCCGGACGCUGCCCGGGGGUCAGUCAGGGACCAGGUCGCCAGGGCCACCGAUACAGGAAAUGAUCCCGGUCCUGCGGUCGCGCACUCCGAGGCCCCGACCUUGCAAGUGUGCGUCGUGGAAUGGAUGAGUCCGCGGAGCGGUUCCGCCUCGCUUUCCGUCCUGGGCGAGCAGGAGAAAUGAAAGCGGCGCGGAAGAAAAGGGACACGACGUUGCUGGCCGCGACCCUGCUGCUGGCCUUGCUGUCGGGCGGCCUCACGCUGCUGUCCUUCUGCCGAGUGGCCGCACUGCAGGCGGACCUGGAGGGCCUCCGCGCGCAGCUGCAGGGCACCCUGGCUGCUCCCGGGGCCCCGACCCCCGAGGGGCUCCCUGCACCCGCGUCCCCGGCAGGAAGCGACUCCAGGCGGAGCAGCAGGCGUACGCGCGCCCUGGAGGCUCCGGAGGACACAGUCACCCAAGACUGCUUGCAGCUGAUUGCAGACAGCGACACACCGACGAUACGCAAAGGAUCAUACACAUUUGUACCAUGGCUUCUGAGCUUUAAAAGAGGAAGAGCCUUGGAGGAGAAAGAGAAUAAAAUAGUGGUGAAGGAACCAGGGUACUUCUUUAUCUACGGUCAGGUUUUGUACACUGAUAACACCUUUGCCAUGGGACACCUCAUACAGAGGAAAAAAGUCCACGUCUUUGGGGACGAGCUGAGUCUGGUGACUCUGUUCCGCUGCAUUCAGAAUAUGCCUGAGACACUACCGAAUAAUUCCUGCUAUUCAGCUGGCAUUGCAAAACUGGAAGAAGGAGACGAGCUCCAACUUGCUAUACCAAGAGAAAAUGCGCAGAUCUCUCGUGACGGCGACGGCACCUUUUUUGGUGCCCUGAAGCUGCUGUGAGCUGUGCCCCAUGUUUGGGGCCCCUCUGCUCCCCUUCUCUGUACCUCUGAAAGGAAAACCCUUAACUGGAAAUGCCGAAGGGGAAGAAAGUAGUCACCUAGACUUUUCUCGAGCUAUUUGUUUUGGUUUGCAGAAUCUGGUCCCAACAGGAAAUUUAACAGACAACCACAGCCAAAGUGUCAUGUGAGUUACAAGAAUCAGAGCCCACAUUCAGAAAGGCAGAAUUGGAAAGCCCUUGCUCGAGGACACGGUGCCAAGUGGUGUGACUGCACUUCUUGUCUCGGGGAAAGCGUGCAGAUCAGAGGGCGGUGAUGGCUUUUCCAAAAUUGGUAUUCCUCAAUUUACCAUGAAAUGUGUGCCCAUGCUUGCAGGACAUUAAGACACUCAUGAGGGGUCUCAGGAUUCAUGCUCCUUUUGCAUGCUAAGUGUGUGCCUUUCCUUUUCGGAUGGAAAAAAUAUUAAAACGUAAAAAAACUUCAUUAGGUACAUGAAAAUAACAAUUACAAAUGUAUCUAUUGGUUAGAAACUAAUUUUAAAAGUCUAAAAUUAAAUGUUAUACAAGAGGACUGAAAAUAAGAUACAUAUGCUAUUUAAGUCUUUGGAUUAGUCUGAGUUGGCACUUUUAACUUUCAUGUUAUCUGUUACGAUGCAGUUCUCACAGUAAGGAAAGAAUUCCCUCGUUUGUAUAUGCAGUUGCCUAGAUUCAGUUGCUUCAGGAAUUCUGAGUGUAGGGUAUUUCCAAUGUAUGUGUAUGAAUCAAUAAUUAAAAAUAACUAAAAUUGCACUUGUAUAAAAUAAAAUGUGCACUGAAGCUAGUGGGUACGUUUAUGAUAAAGUGAUGUAAUUUCUUUCCAGUUCCAGUUGUUCUGUUUCGGACGAGUGCUAUUGUGGCUUUGGUACCCUAGGCAACGCAAACAGCCUAGCUAUGUGCUUUCCAGAAGCCAGCGUUUUACUGAAGUGUGGAAAGUGCCCAGACUCCUGCUAAAGAUCGUAAUGUCUCAGACCACUUCACCUUCAUUUGCAUUUUAUAAACAAUCCUACUUGGGCAUGUUGUAAUACUUAUCUUUUAUAACACGCUUUCCUUAUGUUUUGUCUUAUUUCUGUGUCGUUAAGCUUUAAUUUCAUUAAGCAGUUUGCUUCAUUGGAGUGAGCAGUAGAUGAAACAGCAGACCGAGGUUGAUACCACGCUGCCUUUACAUUAAAUCCAUUUUAGAAAGGCCUCUUUCCAUAAGAAAGGGGCACCC